GAACGGUGAAAAUGAGUGAGCUGGAGGAUGUCAGCCAUCACAUUCAUGACAAAAUAUCAUCCAUUCAACGGCUGCUGGACCUCUCAGUGGCAGAGGUUCCACAAAAUAAGAUGAAGAAACUUGGACAAGAACUCUUUGCACUUGAGAAGCUUGUCGAUGAGUUUGAAAAGUGUAUUGGUCAUCAGAAAGACCAACUAAAGCAGCUGAAGGAGCUUGAUGAGUCGUUCCAAAAGGAUAUGGAGGAUGUCCAGCACCUUAAAGACAACAUACCUGCACACAUGCCCAGGAAGAAAGACUCAGCAAAUGGAAAAGAAUCUGUAGUGAAGCAGAAUGAAGCAGCAGACAUACAGCACCCCCAGCCAGAAAAUGUCAAAAAGACCAACAAGAACUAUGUCAGAGAGAUGGAGUUCAUCACUCUGCCAGAGUUUGAGAGCAUCCCUCAGUAUAUGAAAGGACGUGUAUCAUAUGAUCAACUGAAUGCAGCAGUGCAGAGCAUCAACAUAGCUGUCGCAGCCAAAUACAAGAUCUUCCGUCAGUCUGUGAAGACUCUCAACAACCAGUCACGCAAGCUGUACCAGCGCUUUAAGGACCAAGAGACAAAAGAUACUAAAGGUCAGUAUUUUGUGGUAGAAGAUGACUUUCGUGAGUUCACUCAGAUGAAAUUGGACAAGCGAUUUCAGGGGAUUUUGAACAUGCUGCGUCACUGCCAGCGCCUACGGGAACAACGAGGAGGAGGCCUCACUCGAUAUAUGUUGUUAUGA